AUACAGUAUAUAAAAACAAAACCCUACACUCACACCUCCUCUUCCUCCUAAGAAGAAAACAACACAGCUUAGCUUCAUCAGAAAAAUAAGGGGAUGGUAAACGGAUCAGGGAUAUGCGCGAAGCAAGUGGUGGUGGAUGCUCGCCACCACAUGUUGGGCCGCCUGGCUUCAAUCAUCGCCAAAGAGCUUCUGAAUGGCCAGAAAGUGGUGGUGGUCCGCUGCGAGGAGAUCUGCUUGUCCGGUGGUCUUGUUCGUCAGAAGAUGAAAUAUCUCCGUUUUCUCCGUAAGCGUAUGAACACCAAACCUUCUCAUGGCCCCAUUCACUUCCGCGCUCCUGCUAAAAUCCUCUGGCGCACCAUCCGCGGGAUGAUUCCCCACAAGAUUAAGAGGGGAGCAAAUGCUCUGGCAAGGUUGAAGGUGUAUGAGGGAGUUCCUCCCCCAUAUGACAAAAUGAAGAGGAUGGUCAUUCCUGAUGCUCUCAAGGUUUUGAGGCUUCAGGCUGGGCACAAAUACUGUUUGUUGGGCCAGCUUUCAGCUGAGGUUGGCUGGAACUAUUAUGAUACCAUUAAGGAAUUGGAGGCAAAGAGAAAGGAGAGGGCCCAGGUUGCUUAUGAGAAGAAGAAGCAGCUAAACAAACUGAAGGUUAAGGCUGAGGCAGCUGCCGAGAAACAAUUAGGUUCUCAGUUGGAUAUCAUUGCUGCUGUUAAGUACUAAGUUCUUGUUUGGAUUAGUGUAGCGGCAAAAAGUGUUUGUUAAAUUUAUGGCAUUUCAGAUUUACCCUGAACUUGUUCUGAACAAAACGAGGUUUCUUCUAUGUUUUGAUAAUCUUGACAUGAUUUCUGUUAUAA